AUGCCUCUAUCCCCAUCCACCCUGCUCUGCCUGACAGCAUCAACCUUCAUCACUCCCACCGUCUCAUCAUCACUCCCCGCAAAUGCAAACCACAUUUUCAACGCCAUCCACUCCUCCAUGCGCCAAUGGGGCUCCUCCCUGAACCACAACGGCAUGUCGUUUUUCCUAGCCACCGUCCCUGAAGGAACACAGCUCUACCACGGCGACUGGCGCUCCGAGCCUAUCCAGGGCCCUGAAUGGCUGGCUUUUGAGGCUGAGCACGCCCUGGUAUUCACUCACCCCAUGCCUCACCACCCUCCCCCUGAAGAGGGAAAGCCCGGACCCCAACCUCCACCCCCGUCACUGCAGCACGAGCCGCAGGACUCGCAGCAGGUCAUUGGGCGGCCUGACCGGUCGCAGGCAGAAGACGGUUUCCUGCACACGUUUGCCGCCGCCAAGGACCUGCGUUUGCUGUACGUCGAUGGCAUGUCGGCUGGUAAGACAGACAACGGCACCAUGGACUCCCAGGACCGGAUUUUGUUCCGCGAUGGUCUGGGAGAGGGCGAAGGGAUGAGAGAUGAACAAAAGCGCGCGGAGCUCUUCUGCCAGAUAGUGAAUGACCGGUGGAGCGGGCGCCUGGACGGAAUGCUCCGCAUGGAAGCCGGAUUCGAGAUCAUCCUGUGCGAUUUUUCCAGUCUUGAGGUCCUCCAAGUCGCCCGGGUACGACCGAGCAAGCAGGGAAAGCCCGGUGGCGAUAUCGGCAUGCACGCUGGCCAAAUGUGGCUCCCAGCCGUGGCAUCGCGAUACUGGAAAAUUGGGGGCGAUAGAGUGGCUUUGAACUACGACCAUUUCGUAACUGCGUAUGACGGUGCCUACGAGCUAGACCUGUUUCCGGACACGGAGUCAGACGGAAAUGUCACUCGCCAUCCACGGCUAGAGCAUAUUCCCUCAAGCGAGCUGGAGCCUUUACGACAAGACCUGGACGCACUGAUCCAGACCCAUGAAGCUAGCGAAUCCUCUACAAACUGGCAAGCCGUGGCAGACAUGGUGGUAGACCGCUAUGGGGCUCGUCUGCACUAUCUUGCGUCCAGCCAGGCCUCGACGCUGCAGCAGCUGCAGGAGGAAAUCGAGGAUAUUGUCACACCCUUCAUCGACUACGAUCAGCGAAACACAUCGCUCGAAGUGGAGCGCUGCUCGAGGCAGUUCGUUAGACGAUCCAUGCCUGUCAGAACUGUCGCGGGUGACGCGGUGCUCUCGGUAUCACGCAGCGUCUGCACGACCCUGCUCCAGGCACUGUGUCACACCGAGUACGAUUCCAUUGUUGACCAGAUCCAGGGUCUCAUGGAGUACCUGGACUGGACGACUUGGAAAGACUGUAGAGGCUGCGGUGACCACGAGAUCUGCUUGAUUCCCAUGUGGCCCAUGGGCACUGUAGAGGACUACAACCACCCGCAGUGUCGCGACAUCUCUCAGCUCGACGGGCAUGGUCCGAGGUACUGGGGAGGUCGCCCACCCCGACCAAAGCCCGAUCCCUUGCACUCUGAUCUGUGA